CGUUUACGUUUCCUCACCAUUUCCACCACGCCGCGCAUGUGUGUAAAGCGCUCUCGUCUCACAACUUUUCGAAACGAACCUCAAACAUUUCACUGCACAUACUUUUAGGAAUAGGAUCUUUCUUUCGAAUAAAAUGGAUAAUACAGAAGACGCAGAAAUAAAAUCUGAAAUUGGACAAAUUCAAAACUAUCAAGAGAUAUCAACUAUGAAGCAUCAACUACUAAACAAUAUUCUUAAAGAAAAAAUUGAACAGAAUAAGAAAGAAAUAAAAACAUGGACUGAAUUCAAGAACAGACAUAAGAAGGUAAUAGAAGGCCUUCAAGAAUUUCCAUUGUCUGUUUCGGAGAAUUGCAUGGUACCGAUCAGCAGGCUAGCAUUCAUGAAAGGAAAAUUGAUUCAUACCAAUGAAGUUUUAGCUUGUCUAGGAGAUGGCUACUUUGUAAAAUAUAGUGCAUCACAAGCGAUUGCAUUAUGCAACAGAAGAAUAUCAUUUGCUGAAGAUAUAUUGAAACGUUUAGAAGAUGAGAGAAAUUUAUAUGAGACAAGACAAAUUUUAUUGACAGAAGAACUCUUUGAUGAGCAGGAUAAGAAAGAUGUCUUUGAACAUUGGGAUGAGGACAAACUUGAUGAAUGGAGAAUACAACAUAGACAGCGUGAGAAGGAAUAUCGUCAGAAAUUGGUAAAAUUGAAAGAAAAAGAAGAGACUAGAGAGAGCAUACGUACUGAAGAAGAUCUUUUUAAAAGACUUGAUGAGCUGGAAUUGGAAGAGGAACUAGAAGAUGAAAUGAACAGAUUGGAAGAGGAAAGAAGAAGAUUUUAUGGUGAUGAUUUAGAAGAAGGCGAAGUUUAUGAUGAGUCUGAGAAGGACGAAGAUUCUUCUGAUUUUGAACAAAUUAUAGUAGAUAUGCUUCAAGAGCAGCCUGAAAAAUAUAAAUAUAUUCAAGCUGAUAAAGUCACGAAUGAUAUAUCAGACGUAUCGAGCUCUAGUGACACAACUCAGAAUGAAACACUUAAUAUAAAUAUAAACAGGAGCAUAUAUACUGGAGAAGAUCUUUUUAAAAGACUUGAUAAGCUGGAAUUGGAAGAGGGACUAGAAGAUAAAACAAACAGUUUGGAAGAGGAAAGAAGAAGAUUUUAUGGUGAUGAUUUAGAAAAAGGCAAAGUUUGUGAUGAGUCUGAGAAGGAAGACGAUUCGUUUGAUUCUGAACAAAUUAAAAUAUAUAUGCUCCAAGAGCAGCCUGAAAAAUACAAAUAUAUUCAAGCUAAUAAAGUCACGAAUGAUACGUCAGACGUACCGAGCUCUAGUGACACGACUCAGGAUGAAACACUUAAUAUAAAUUCUGCAGAAAACGAACAAUCCAAUCACAUUGUAAAUUUUAUUCAAGAGGAACCAAAGGAAAAUUCCUCGACUGAAUCGGGAGAUAUAUCUGAAACCGCAAAUGUAGAACAAAAGAAAAGAGUUUCUUUUGUGGAACCGUGCGAUCAAGAUAAUGUAGAUGAUGAAUCAUCAAUAUUUGAGGUACUCAGUUCUGUGGAACAAGAUAACAGUUAUAGUGAUGAAAACGAUGAUGUUGACAAAAUUGAGUUUUCACAUUCGUCCCAUACCCCGAAUAUAUCUGAAUCAAGUAAUACAGAAAUUCAGAGUCCAGCAGACAUUUAUAAAAUAUUUAGCACACCUAUAAAGCCUAUUUUAAAGAGAUCUCCGAAUGAUAUGUUACCUAAUCAAAUAGUGCCUCCUUUACAAGAAGACAGCAGUACAGAUACAGAUAACGAAUGUUAUAGUAUCAAACCUUCUGCAUAUAGUUCUGUAAUCAAAGAUAUUCAGGAGAGUAAAGCGACUACAACUUUAAACAAUAUAGUAGAAAAGAAAAACAAUAGAAAAGUAAUGAGCAGAUUUAAAAUGGAACGAGUUGGAAAUGUACAAUAAUAUAUGUACAUUUAUCUAUUGUAAAUUAUACUAAAUAACGCUUCAAUAAAUAUAUCCUAAGACUUUUUAA